AUGACACAGUACGACGUGAUUGUCAUUGGCGGAUCAGCAUCUGGCUUGCAAGCCUGUUUGACUUUUGGCAGGGCUUACUUUAACGUCCUGUGUAUUGAUUCUGGUUACCCUUGCAACAGGUACGCCAAAGAGUCGCACAAUCUUCUUACGCAUGACGGAUCGUCGCCAGGCCAGAUCCUAGCCAAGGCCAAAGAACAGCUGGAGAAGUAUCCUACCAUCCAGUUGGUGGAGGGCACGGUGACGAACGUGUGCAAGGAUGUUUCUGUGGAGGCCGUUAAAUACUCAUUUCGAGUCGAGAUAGACUCUCCUGAAGAUGGCUCAUCCAGCUCGUUUGUGGCUGCACGUGUCUUGUUUGCCUCUGGAUUGAACGACAACAUUGGCAGGAUCCCGAUUGAGAACAUUGACAAAUUCUGGGGAAACUCCAUUAUCCACUGUCCUUUCUGCCAUGGAGCCGAGUUUAGGAAGGGCAAGACGGGAAUCUACUACACGAACGCAUCACAUCUCAGAUUCAUGCUGCCAACGUUGUACAACUGGAGUCACGAUCUCACUGUGAUCUGUCCAGACGAUGUUUAUGGCUCUUUGGAAGUAGAUCUUUUGUUUGCUAUGCAGCAGAAAAGUAUCGCUUUACACAAGGGCAGUGUUGUCAAGGUAGAGACACGAAGCAGUGAGGAUGGACGACUGUCCAGGGCGAUUCUUGACGACGGCACUGCAAUCGAGCUCGAUGUGCUCUAUCUGGUUCCACCUUCGACCAUCAACAAUAAGGAGAUUAUUACCAAGCUGGGCGUCGAAUUGGACGAGCUGGGACUUAUCAAAGUGAGUCCCCAGCAGAAGACGAACGUGGAGGGCGUUUUUGCGUGCGGCGACAACACUACCCGCAUGAGAGGACUGGCUUUUGUAAUUGGCCAGGGCAUGGUUGCAGCAGCUUCCAUAUGUCAUGAAAUCCUACGCGAGCGCUGGACCGCAUGA